UCUCAUUCACAAACACACGAACAGAGAGCUUUUACAUAGAGAGAUUUCUCUCUCUCUCUCUCUCUCUCUCUCUCUCUCUCUCCCCCAUUCUUAUCAAUCAUGGCUUCUUUUUCACUUCCAUUCUUCUCCCUCUUCCUCUUCGCUGCCGCCUCAUCCACCGUCUUUUACAUCGCCGAUUCUCAAUCCUUCAUCGGCGUCAACUACGGCCAACUCUCCGACAAUCUCCCUCCACCUUCCUCCACUGCCAACCUCCUCCGCUCAACUUCCAUCUCCAAAAUCCGUCUCUACAACGCCGAUCCACUCAUCAUCAAAUCCCUAGCCAACUCCGGACUCGGAAUCGUAAUCGGUAUAGCCAACGGCGACAUUCCUGCCCUAGCCUCCAAUCCUAAUUCCGCUGCUCAAUGGAUCAACACCAACCUUAAUCCUUACUAUCCAGCUAGUAAUAUCCUGCUAAUUACCGUCGGAAACGAGGUGAUGUCGUCCAUGGAUCAGAAUUUGAUUUCGCAACUUGUCCCGGCAAUGAGGAAUGUGCAGAACGCGGUGAAUGCGGCGAGUCUUGGCGGGAAAGUGAAGGUGUCGACGGUGCAUUCGAUGGCGGUGUUGAGUCAGUCGGAUCCGCCGUCGUCGGGGAGGAUUAAUCCGAUGUUUGAAACCACCAUGAAGGCGGUGGUGGAAUUUUUGAAAGAGAACGAAUCGCCAUUUGCGAUAAAUCCUUACCCGUUUUUUGCGUAUCAGAGUGAUCCAAGAGAUGAAACGCUGGCGUUUUGUCUGUUUCAACCUAACUCGGGACGAGUCGACUCAGGAAAUGGAAUCAAAUAUAUGAAUAUGUUCGAUGCUCAGCUUGAUGCAGUAAGGUCUGGUUUGAAUGCUCUAGGUGAUUUCAAGGAUGUUGAGAUCAUGGUGGCUGAGACGGGGUGGGCGUAUCGUGGUGAUAGCAAUGAAGUGGGAACAAGUGUGGAAAAUGCAAGAGCUUACAAUGGCAAUUUGAUUGCACAUCUUAGAUCAAUGGUGGGUACUCCAUUGAUGCCUGGAAAAUCAGUGGAUACAUAUAUCUUCGCUCUCUAUGACGAAAACUUGAAACCAGGUCCCACCUCCGAACGGUCAUUUGGGCUGUUUUAUCCCAAUCUAACUAUGACCUAUGAUGUCGGACUCUCAAAGAACAGCCAGACUCCAACGACUCCAACAACACCAACCACCCCAUCGCCCAAACCGACUGCGCCUGUUUGGUGCCUGCCGAAGGCUGACAUUCCUGAUGAUCAACUUCAGUCAAAUCUCGACUACGCUUGUGGGCACGGUAUCGAUUGCGGGCCAAUCCAACCAGGGGGUGCCUGUUUUGAGCCAAACACUGUAAAAUCACAUGCUGCUUAUGCUAUGAAUCUCUAUUACCAAUCACUUGGAAAAAAUCCAUGGAACUGUGAUUUCUCACAGACAGCAACACUAACAUCCACAAAUCCUAGUUAUAAUGCUUGCACAUACCCUGGAGGAAGCACCUAAGAAGGGAGAUCAUAUUUUGCCUUUGAUUUUAGAUAAAGAAAAAAAAAAAAUUCUCAAACUGUUAGGUGUUUAAUGACAUUUGAAAACAAACAAAUGAAGCAAUAAUCUUAAUUGACCUACACUAUAGUAUUGUUCUUCGAAA